AUGCUUCCACACAAAGACCAGUCGUUCAUUUCUGUACCAGUCUCUCGUGUCGGCCUGUCCACCCGGCUAAACCAGCUCAAUGGGUUGAACAAUGCCAGUCGACCCACGUCUCGACCUGGAACUCCAUCAUAUGUUACCAGCUCGCUAAAUCCCACUAGAAACCUACCGGUAUCGUUGACUAACAUCCGGUCGAAGAUCAAUACUAAAGAGGACCUUGAUCGGUUUGAAAACUUGCCCAUUGUGGUCAGUCUUCGUGACUUCGAGACGACGUUUAACGAUCUCAGUCUGUUGGUGUCUUCAUUCAAAGAAGAAGAGAUUGCUGCCAAAGUGGAUUCUUUGAUCUCGAUUUCCAACAACAUAUCCAAAGAGCUUGAUGUUCUCAAACAUCACCAGGUGCUUGGGACCCAGAUCGACCUGCUUAAGACACAAAACUCCACGCUAGAUACAGAGUCGAAACAUAUCCUCAAAGAGUUGAUAUCGUGCCGUGCCGACUUAAAAAAGCUUCCGAGACUCCCUGCAAAGUCCACACAGAAGGACCCCAUUGAGGUCAGUGUCCAGGGAUUGCUCAACUAUGCUAUGAAGCUCGCCAAGUUCUCCAAGGCUCCACCUACUGUAAUGUCGCAGAUGAUCCACCCAAACAACUACGUGUGGCCUGCGGAGGAUGCUUUGCGGCGUGGAAUGUUGGCUAUGGCGUCUUUGAAGCCGGACGAGUUGAUUCGGGCAGAAAUUGGCGAGAAGUCAGAGCCUGAAGAUGUGGAGAUGGAGGAUGCUAAAGAGGAACUGCCUCAUUACGAGGAAAGACCCACUAAACCAGUUGAAAACGCUGCACUGGCUCCAAAAGAGGCUACGCCAGCUGCCUUGGACUUAGAUCUAUUCGACGAAGAUGAAGACUCUGAUUAG